AUGUCUUCCAGCGUAAUAGAGACUCUUAGGAGUGCCAAUGAGGAAGUGGAGUGCCUUGAAAAGGCUCUUGCUAUUGCACUUCACUACAAAGAAGACCAUCCCAGAGAAUCUGUGGUCGCUGAAAGAAUCGUUAAGAAAAUUAUGAACAAGAUUCAAGCUAAAAGUAUUGAAAUUCUUGAUGUUUACCUUGAUUAUGAUAACAGGAGGAAAACAGAGAACGAAAUCUUCUCUGGCCAGAGAUUUGUCUCAGAUGAGCAUAUGCGUAAAGUUAUCAACCAAACUGGAGUCCAAAAUCCUCAUCCCGACGUCUGGGACAAUUUUAAUGAAAAAUGUAGAGAAGUUCAUGAAUUUGUGGAUAGGUAUACCAAAAUCGACGAGAUUGCUCCAAUAUCUAACCUUGACUCCCAAUCGAUGUUUGAAUAUCUUCUUGGAGAAGAGCUUAAGGAUUGUGACAAGAUCUUCCCAUACAACAACGAGAAGAGAGGAAAAUAUGUUGAUCUCCAAAGAAAUUUCAGCGAGUAUCAGAACCUGAAAAUGAAGAAGAAUGAAAAGCCAUAUAGUGACGACUAUAUUUCAUAUAUUGAGAAUUUUGAGAGGUUUGAUGAGAUCCCUGUGUUUGCUAAGAAGAAUACCUACAAGGCUUAUCUUGAGAACCUCCUGGAAUAUUUAGUAAACUUCUUCAAAAACUCAAAGCCUCUUACAGACCACUCCAAGUUGACUCUAGAUAUGGAAGCGAGGUUUGAAGAAGAGUGGAAAAAUGGGUCCAUGCCUGGUUGGGAAGAAGAACUCAAGAAAUUAAGAGUCGAAAAUGUUGGUGACAAAAAGAUACUUUACUGAGGCCCUUGUAAGAAGGUUUUCACUAAUGAGCAAUCUCUUUUCCAUCACAAAAAGGGUAAGAAGCAUAUCAAGGUGGUAAAUAAGCUCUCUCAAGGAGUAAGCUCUAUCCCUCAAACAGAGUUUGAACGGAUUAAGGACGAAUUCAAAGAUGAAGCUAAGGAGGCUAAACUGAAGGAGAUUGCGAGAAUUGAGUCCAAAAUCGUCCAGAUGAAAGGUCUCCUCUCUGAUGUAAUCUAUAAUUCAGCCAAUGAAGCUAGAAAGAAGCAAAGCCAGACUUAUCAAGAAAUAGAAGCAGAAAAUCAGGACAUCGGUGUUGACCAGGUAGAGUCCUCUGAUGAAGAAGAGGAUGAUGCUAAUGUGAAGAGCAGAAAGCUUCCUAUGGGAGCCGAUGGCAAGCCUAUUCCAUACUGGCUUUAUAAAUUACACGGCCUAGGAGUUGAAUUUAAAUGUGAAAUCUGUGGAGGAGCUAGUUAUUGGGGAAGAAGAGCCUUUGACAAGCACUUCCAAGAAUGGAGACACCAAUACGGUAUGAAAUGUCUUAGUAUUCCAAACACCUCUCACUUCAAAUAUGUCACUGAAAUCGCAGAGGCUCUUAAACUCCAUCAAAAGAUUCUUAAAGACAACUACGAAAACUCAUUUAAACCUGAUAUUGAAGAGGAAUUUGAAGACGAGAAUGGAAAUAUCUUGAGCAGGAAGAAGUAUAUCGAAUUAAGAAGGAAAGGAAUCAUAAAAUAA